GAAGGGGAAGGAACUGCGGGUGUGUGAGUGUGUGUGUGCGUGAGUGUGUGCGCGCGCGCGCGAGUGUGUGGACAAGGAGGUGGGGGCAGCCGAGUUAGAGUACCAACUCUUUGGACUCCAUUUGUUAUUCUUUUUUUCCCCCCACACCUAUUUGGUGGUGGUGGGCGUUAUAUUUGCGUUUAUUUUCAUUCAUUUUCAAACCUUUUUAAAUUUUAGGGUUGGGGGUUGUGAGGGAAAGGCAGGAAAGGGGAAGGGAGGAGACUAGUGGCAGAAGAGGAGGUGGAGGACAUGGAGAUGAAGAAGAGGAUUAACCUGGAGUUAAGGAACAAAGCCCCGGAGGAGGUGACAGAGCUAGUCCUUGAUAAUUGCCGGUGUGUCAAUGGGGAAAUUGAGGGCCUGAAUGAUACUUUUAAAGAACUAGAGUCUCUGAGUAUGGCUGAUGUGGAGCUAAGUUCACUGGCGCGACUUCCCAGCUUAAAUAAACUUCGGAAGUUAGAACUUAGUAACAAUAGUAUUUCUGGAGGCUUGGAAGUCCUGGCAGAGAAAUGUCCAAAUCUUACCUACCUCAAUCUGAGUGGAAACAAAAUCAAAGAUCUCAGUACAGUAGAAGCUCUGCAAAAUCUUAAAAAUUUGAAAAGUCUUGACUUGUUUAACUGUGAGAUCACAAACCUAGAAGAUUAUAGAGAAAGUAUUUUUGAACUGCUGCAGCAAAUUACAUACUUAGAUGGAUUUGAUCAGGAGGAUAAUGAAGCACCUGAAGCAUCUGAAGAGGAGGAUGAUGAGGAUGGAGAUGAAGAUGAUGAGGAUGAAGAAGAAGAUGAAGCUGGUCCACCUGAAGGGUAUGAGGAAGAGGAGGAGGAAGAUGAGGAAGAUGAGGAUGACGAUGAUGAUGAAGCAGGCUCAGAAUUAGGAGAGGGAGAAGAGGAAGUAGGCCUCUCAUACUUAAUGAAAGAAGAAAUCCAGGAUGAAGAAGAUGAUGAUGACUAUGUUGAAGAAGGAGAGGAAGAAGAAGAAGAGGAAGAAGAAGGUCUUCGAGGGGAGAAGAGGAAACGAGAUGCUGAAGAUGAUGGGGAAGAAGAAGAUGACUAGAUCAUUCUAAGACCCCAUUUCCUAAUAUUCUUGGGUUUGCAAUAGAGUGAUCACAUCUUCUUUUUUUCUUCAUGUAUGAUAGCUGUCCUUACAGAACAUAACAUGUAACUUUUUAUAGGAAAAGUGUGGUUUUACUAUUUUCGCCUUUUUAUCAUUCCAAAUAAGAUUUAUUAGUCUGUUAAUGAUCAUAUUGUGUGUAGAAAAAACUUUUCAUUGACACCCUCCCAUAUUAUGAAAUUCCCUAGAAAUUUGUUUGAAAUCUUAAUUUUUCUAAUCCAUGCUCACUGUACUAGUCAUUUUUAGCCCAUAAUCGAUAGCUUUUACACAGGUAUACUAUAGU